AAACGGACCCGAGAACGAGGAGGAAAAGCAACAGCAGCCCAGCACACCACAGCACAGCGCCGCUCCCUCCUUCCUCCCAUCUCCUCCUCUCCUCUCCUCUCCUCUCCUCCGCUCUCGCGAAGCUCCCAAGUUUGACUCCCUCGAGACCCACCACCACCACCACGCCGCGAGCACGCGAGCGAACGCGCGGCGGCGGGGGGGAUGGGAGGGGUGACGUCGAGCGUGGCGGCGAAGAUGGCCUUCUUCCCGCCGACGCCGCCGUCGUACGCGCUGGUGGACGACCCGGCCGCCGGGGUGACCACCAUGACGGGGCAACCCCACAGGGAGAACGUCGAGGUGCUCCGCCUCCGGACGCGGCGGGGGAACACCGUGGCGGCGGUGUACGUCCGCCACCCGGACGCCGCCACCACGCUGCUCUACUCCCACGGCAACGCCGCCGACCUGGGCCACCUCUACCAGCUCUUCCUCCACCUCUCCUUCAACCUCCGCGUUAACGUCCUCGGAUAUGACUAUUCAGGAUAUGGACAAUCAUCAGGAAAGCCAAGUGAACACAACACUUAUGCUGAUAUAGAGGCUGCUUACAAAUGCCUCAUUGAGAACUUUGGUGCCAAGGAAGAAGAAAUAAUUCUUUAUGGACAAUCUGUUGGAAGUGGACCCACAGUAGAUUUGGCUAGUCGAUUGCAUCGGCUUCGAGCUGUUGUCUUGCACAGUCCUAUACUGUCAGGAUUGAGAGUUAUGUAUCCUGUGAAGCGUACAUACUGGUUUGACAUAUAUAAGAAUAUCGAUAAAAUCCCUCAGGUCACCUGCCCUGUGCUCAUUAUACAUGGAACUGCUGAUGAAGUAGUUGAUUGGUCUCAUGGUAAGCAACUAUGGGAGCUUUGCAAAGAGAAAUAUGAGCCUUUAUGGCUCAAGGGAGGGAAGCACUGUGACUUGGAGCUCUUCCCAGAAUAUCUUCGGCAUCUCAAGAAGUUUGUCAACACAGUAGAGAAGUCACCAUCCCCAAGGAAUGCCUGGAGGGAAAGUUUGGACCGGAUUGAACCCUCUCGGAAAAGUGUCGAUUGCUUUGAACCCUCGAGGAGAAGUGUUGAUUUCUUUGAACCCUCGCGGAAGAGCACAGACCGAAGGGAGAAAUCAAGGCCAACCCGUGAUAGGAUGAGAGGUGUUGAACACAGAUAUAGCAAUGUUGAGAAGACGGACAAAUUAAAGUUCUCAUUCGACCAUAUGGAGAAAUCGAGGAGAAGCAUUGACAUCUUUGAGAGGCCAAAGAAGAACAUUGAACAGCUCGACUGUGGAAGGAAGAGCGUGGAUAGAUUGGACCGGAUUUGGGCCAGUUAAAAACUUUUUUAACAUCUUAUACAAGGUAUACAUGGGGCUUGGUUGUUUUGGGGGGGUUUUACUUGUGUAUUUAUUUGUAUUCACCCAUGUGCUGGAAGGUGUGGCAUAAGAGUUGGUUCGCCGAAUCUAAAGGAGAGAAGAAGAAGAGCUAGCUAAUUGCUGACAAUGUUGUUUGUCUCUGUUUAGAACUUGUACUGGUUUGUGUGGUGGAAGAAGUGUAUGUUGGUCCUCAGCAAAUGGUUGUUCUGUUAGGGUUGUUAAAAAGUUGGGACUAGUCCAUGGAUGGCAGCAUUGUGUAUAAAUUUACUAUCUGUUGCUCUGCCAUCGUUAUUUUUCUUCCUUCGUUUU